GAUAAAACUACAAAGAAAAAAAUUGAUGACGCUAUAAAGAAACAAUGAGAACAAUCCAAAGGUGUACGCGCAACAUAUAUUGAACCGCAUGAUAAGAUUGUCAAGGUCGCCCCAACAGUGUAUAGAUGUGGUUAGCUGAAAGAUAAUAUAUAAAACAAAUCAAUGUUGUGAUAUGUUUUUCUAACUUUUUCUACUAAAUUUAUCUGUCAUAAUAUUAAUGAAAAAUUCAAUAGAAUUUAACGAUAAUUUAAUGCUAUGCUACAAAAUACUAUCAAAAAUUUAAACUCUUCUGUUAUUUGUCAGUUAGUCGUACGAACAGUUUCAAAUUCUCAUUCAUUUAAAUCAAUUUUUAUUGACGUACUGCAUGUCAGUGCAUACAACUCAUUUUCACUCAUUAAUCGUACUUAUAAAAACAUCAUAAUAACGACAUAAAAUUUCUCACUUAUUAUUUACACCUCGAUGUUUUACCUCGGGAAUGUCGGAACGGUUCGUUCUAAUACAUUUUUUUGACAUCGAAAAGUGCAAUUCAAUUUAUCUGAAUCUGAGGAUCCAGUAGGAAAUGUCUUACAGUGAUGGUGGGCGACCGGUACGAAAAUUCGGUACUAAGUCACCUAAAAAGCUUUGCGUGACUAAAAGUGAAAAUAGUGAUAAAACGACGACAACUAUUAAUUGCAACAAUCAUCAUCACAAUCAUCAUCACCAUCAUCAUAGUCAUCGGUUUAUCGAUAAUCCACAACCGUCGGUGCACAAACGCAAUUUGUAUAUUGUUUCUUUUCCCCUUAUAUUAUUGUUUAACGUAUUAAGAACUUUGCUUUAUCAACUUUUUGUGGUGUUUAAGUACUUAUAUACAUCUACCUCACAACUGAUUCAACGAAGACAAGCUACUAAACAUAGUUGCCAGCUUGAAAUAGUUGUCGGUCAAAAGUCUGAUAGUAAUUUUAUUAACACUGCACAAAUUGAAAGCGAAGAAAUGUCACAAGUACCUAAGAGAGCUAUCGGACCGGGUCCUGGCGAUCCACUUCUUGCUAAACAAAAGCAUCAUCACCGUAGAGCUUUUGAAUUUAUUAGUAAAGCGCUUAAAAUUGAUGAAGAUAACGAAGGUAAAAAGGAAAUGGCUAUAGAACUUUAUAAGAAAGGAAUUGGUGAACUAGAGAAAGGAAUAGCUGUUGAAUGUACUGGUGGCCGCGGUGAAGUGUGGGAGCAUGCACAAAGAUUGCAUGAUAAAAUGUGUACAAAUUUAGCAAUGGCUAAGGAUAGACUUGACUUCUUAGUGAGUGUGUGUGAGCUGAAAAAACUGGAUAUCGCCAAUGAAUAUCGUACUUCUGGAAAUAAAUUGGACAACGAACAUCCAGGAAAACUUCUGAGGGCUCGUCGCAGUGUACACACAUUACAGACUACUCGUACAGCUUCUUUAAAUAUAAGUCAUAAUAAAAAUCUGAAUAAUUCACAAACAGUAAAUACAGGACAGAACACAUGCACUCAGAUUCCCAAAUUAAGGCCACGAUCUCCAAAAAACUGUUGCGUGCAUCCUUCUGAAGCAUCAGGAAGAAAACUAUCUGUUCCUGGGAAACGAUUAAUGGGUACAAAUAUGAGUAAAAGUCAGACAUUGCCACGCAGUAUGGGACGCACAACAAAUAUUCAACCUACUCACAGAGUGACACCCAUAAAACCAUCAUCAACACCACCUUCUGUGAAAAGACAAUUAUCCGUACCUGGUAAUGGUUCCCCUUUAAGAAGGCCUGCAACACCAACUACAUCAAACAGUAAUAGAAGUACACCAACGCGAAAAGUACCUCUUUUGAAAGGUGUAGAUCCAAAGCUUGCUCAAGUUAUAUUAGAUGAAAUUUUAGAAGGUGGAACAGCUAUACAGUGGGAAGAUAUUGCUGGUCAAGAGACUGCAAAACAGGCUUUGCAAGAAAUGGUGAUAUUACCCUCAUUGCGACCAGAAUUGUUCACAGGAUUACGAACUCCUGCAAGAGGAUUGUUAUUGUUUGGUCCUCCUGGAAAUGGAAAAACUCUUUUAGCACGUGCCGUAGCUACGCAGUGCAAUGCAACAUUUUUUUCAAUAUCUGCUGCUAGCCUAACUUCCAAAUAUGUAGGGGAAGGUGAAAAAUUAGUAAGGGCACUUUUUGCAAUAGCAAGAGAAUUACAACCAUCUGUUAUUUUUAUUGACGAAGUAGAUUCAUUAUUAAGUGAACGUAGAGAUAAUGAACAUGAAGCUUCGAGACGAUUGAAAACAGAAUUUCUUGUUGAAUUUGAUGGUUUACCAUGUAAUCCUGAAGAGAGAGUACUCGUAAUGGCUGCUACGAAUAGACCACAAGAAUUAGACGAGGCAGCAUUAAGAAGAUUUACAAAACGAGUAUAUGUAACGCUACCGGACAUAGCAACAAGAAUUAUGUUACUUCAGAGACUUUUAGCAAAACAUAAUGAUCCAUUAACAAAGGAUGAACUUAAGGAAAUGGCGAUUUUAACAGAAGGAUAUUCUGGAAGUGAUUUAACUGGUUUAGCUAAAGAUGCAGCUCUUGGUCCUAUCAGAGAAUUGAAUCCAAAUCAAGUAAAAGAACUUGAUCUUAAUUCUGUACGCAAUAUUACAAUGCAAGAUUUCCGUGAUUCUCUUAAAAGAAUUCGUAGAUCAGUAUCACCUGCAAGUUUGGCUGCAUAUGAAAAAUGGAACUUUGCGUAUGGUGAUGUAAGUCUUUGAUUUAAGUUGAACGUCUCUGGGAAGAGGCUUUCAAAUUAGUUGUUCUUCUAUAUAAGUUUAAAAAUAUUUACGGUACGAUAUAUAUUGGAGAUUAUGAAGGAAAAAAGAAAGAAAAAAUGUCAUAAAGUCAUUUACUGGAACACACAUAUUGACUAUAAUGUAAAUAUGUGUAAUGUUUUUUUCUCAAUAUUUAUAUUAAUUAAUAAUUAACGAAAAAAGAAACAUUAACGAAAACGAAUCAAUAUUCUAGUCAUAUGGUUAACGAUAUUUUUUUGAUAAUGCAAUAUAAUAUCAUACAUAAUAUAACAUUCAUUAUAUUAUAUUUAAAAUGAGAAAAUAAUAUUUAUGACUAAAAUUCAGUUUGUAUUUUAGUCAUUAUUUUGUUAUAAUAUAUCGUAAUCGUUUUUAUUAUAUUUAAUACCAUAUAGAGUACUAAUAAUUUGAUUAUUUGUUUCUCAAACUUUUGUUAUUUGCAAUAAGCUUGUUCAUCAAAUUUUGAUUCAAAGUUUUAUUUCAUUGCUUGGAUGCAGUAUAAAGCAUUAUUUGAAAUAUUAUAAUGAAUAAUUGCUACCUAAUACAGCAAAGUUAUAGAAAAGUACUUUAUAUCAGAUAUAUUGUAAAUAAUAAGUUAUUGUUGAUAUACAUAUGUUGAUAUAAACAAUGAGAUAUGGUUCUGCAUCUAAAAAUAAUCAGCAGCAGCAUGCAUCUACUCUUAAAUAAUAAGAAUGAAAUUUAAUUAUAUUAUAACUAAAAAGCAAUGAAAUAGUAAGUGUAUAUUGUAAUGCAAUGUAAUGCAAUGCAAAACAAUAUACAUACAUAAUUACUCAAACGCAAAUAUACAUACAGAAAAUUGUACACUUCCAAUAUUACAUUAUAGAUAUUGUUAUAUUAAAGCACAACUCAAAAAUUUAUUUAAUCGUUAUUUAGAACAAUGUAUUAUAACUUGUUUGACUAAUGCUGUCUGCCAAAGACGAUGGUAUUUUACUUUAAUACAUAUUAUACAAAACAACGAAAUGAAUGUAAUGGGUAUGAAAAAUUACAGUGAUUUACGGUUAAUAAGAUGAUAUAAUCGAAAAAUAAACAAUAUCAUUAUGAAAAAAUGUAAAAAGAUAAUACCCUACAAUGUAUACGUAUGGGUAUAUAAUAUUCGUCCAUUGCUUCCAAUGCUCAAAUAUAGAAUAAUCAUUGUUCAGGUGAUCGAAACAAUCUGUGACUUAAAAAUGAAUACAUGUAUAUAAUUGAUAAGCUAAUGUCAGUAUAAAUUCUAUUACGAGCUUUUAUCGUUUAAUUUUGUGUGUCCUUACUUAUAUAUUAAUUAUAAAUUAUUAUACUCUAUAAUAUCAGUAAAUUUAAAUAAUAGAUCGUAUUAAUCACUUAGAUAUGCACAUUAGAUAUAUUAUUUUAGUAGUGAAUUGAUCAUUCUAUUUGUUACCGUAAAUAAUUCGUAUUACAUGUAUUAUAAUAACAGAAAAAAAUAGUAUGUAGAAUUUAUUGAAAAAUUAAUAAUUUGUCAUAUAUAAAUUAUAGCUUUUUCAUCUUCACAGUUUGUAAUUAUAUGUAAUUGUAAAAUGAAACAACACCGUUGUGUUAUGAUGUAAUUUGUAUUUGUGAAAAUGUUAAUAGAUUUUUAAAAUAUUUAAAUUAAUACAUAUGAUGCAUUGCCAUUGCAUUCGUUAAACUAGGGCAUGCUGGAAAUUCUGACGCUGGUCUAAAAUAUAAUUAAUGUGUUGGAGCUAAUAUAAAAUGAUGUUUUGUAUAAAUUUUCUUAGCACAUUAACAAAUUAAAAGUGCCAACGCAGUUAUAUUAAUCCAACCUGCUCUGUUUUCGAUUGCAUUGUGAUACUUGCUUAUCAUAAAAUUUUGUACUUUUUCACUGCCUAAGUUUAAGUUAUGCUCACUUUGUAUGCAUCAUUAUAUGUAUUGUAUGUAUAAAGACUUUCUUCGAUGUAAUUUCUAAUUGUCAGCUUUGCAUAAUCAAAUGAAAUGACAAAAAUACGUUUAAAAAAA